AUGGUGAAAGAAAAUGCUCGAAAGUCGAAGAUUUACACGACUAACAUAGAUGAUAUUUACAAGACACGGAGAAAGAACGAUGGUAAACUAAAUACCGGUGGUGAUAAGCCGAAUGAUAAGAAGGUUCAUCAUGUUCCUAUUUUUGAUCGUCGCUCCGGAGGCUAUAAGACAGAACGUUUGAAAGAUCUCAAUUCGAAAGAAUCAAUUCAAAAAGGCCAUAAUAAGAAAAGGAGGAAACUCACUAAGAUACCCGACGAUUUCGGAUGCGAUACUGCAUUUUCUAGUCAAGAGGUCAAUGACGAUGAUGAAGCUAAUGAUUGUUCUAAUGUCGAUAAUGAACGAGGGAAAGAUUCUCAGAAAAUGAAUGACUUGCAGUUGAGUGAUAUAUCAAGUGUAGAAAGUAGCGACGACGAUGACGACAAUGACGAUGCUGGCAAGGAAAAGAGAGAAAUGAAGGGCAAAGACACAAGCCAUAGUGGCUCAGAGACAGGCUCCAAUUCGGAUGAUGACCCGACUGAUGCAGAAUUAAGCUCAAUUAAGAGAUCACCGAUUAAAACAAGUAUCGGGAAUCAGGAAAGAGAGGACACCAUUAAGCAAUUAGAAAUAAAUCAAACAACGGGAACGUUAUUAGAAGAAGCGGAUGAAUUAGAUACCAUAAUGUCCAAAGUUAUAGAAAAUAGAAAAACGAAUAAAGAAGAUAGAAGAUCGAUUUUAGCCAUGACCUCCAAAGAAGAACAAUUAGAGAAAUAUAAUCUAAGAAAAAGAUACGUCGAUAAGUAUGAUAUACCGCCAAUAUUAUACUGCGAAGAACUUAUAGAAGGGAUACAACCUUAUUUAUCCGUUGUAGACGAAGUACUGAAAGGAAAAUUGGCAUCAAUAUAUUAUUUUGAGGCAAGGGAAGCAUUUGAACAUUCAAGUAAGCCGUACCUUUCAAUUGAAGAAUUCAGAAGAUUGGACCUGAAUAAAUUUUUAGCCGGAUUCUAUGGAUUUAAGAGACAAUUUAAAGUUGGUGAAGAGAUCUUAAAUGUAUAUAAAAAAUCACUGGAAAGGAACAAAUCUGCUACCUUACGAUGGUGGGGAAUUGAAGAUUUCUCCAAGUAUGUUUUAGCACCGGAAGUACUUGCAUCUUUCCAAAUGAGUCGAAUGCAAGCUAUCAAGAAGAACGACAGCGUAGAACGACAAGAAGUAUAUGAUCUGUUCGAUGACACCGUUGAAUAUGGUAUCUCAGUAUCCGAUACUGACCCAUUGGAGAAAUGGGAAGUCUCUGUAGAAGAAUCUCGUUUGAUAGAACUCGGUCUAGACCCUAAAAUAUAUGGUUCUGAUUACUGGCAUGCUUGA